UCAUGUCACUAUAAAAGUACUGAGCAGCGGCGGUCUCAGCAUUGUGCUAGGAACUCGCCAGUUUUGUGCUCAAUAUGUCUGGACGUGGCAAAGGCGGCAAGGGGCUCGGCAAGGGCGGCGCCAAGCGCCACCGCAAGGUGCUGCGCGACAACAUCCAGGGCAUUACCAAGCCCGCCAUCCGCCGCCUGGCCCGGCGCGGCGGCGUCAAGCGCAUCUCCGGGCUCAUCUACGAGGAGACCCGCGGGGUGCUCAAGGUGUUCCUGGAGAACGUGAUCCGGGACGCCGUCACCUACACGGAGCACGCCAAGCGCAAGACGGUCACGGCCAUGGACGUGGUGUACGCGCUCAAGCGCCAGGGCCGCACCCUCUACGGCUUCGGGGGCUGAGUCCACUCGCGAGCUCGCUUUUUGGAGCAAAACCAAAGGCCCUUUUCAGGGCCGCCUAUCCAUUCAGUUGAAAAGAGUUUGUCACUUUUGCUUAUUAGAUGUUGGGUGUGUUCCGUUUUUAUCGAUUUAUAAGUUGCUAUUUUUUUUUCGAUUGUGCGUUUUGAGGCGUUGAAGUGGCAAAAAUUUACUAACAUGGUUUGUAUUAUGUACUUGUGGUUGGGUGGUAUUCAGGGGAAGUAUUAGGGUGCAGAGGGGUGAGCAUGCUGCUGAUU